AUGUCUGCACCAGCACCAGUCCCUGACGCUCCCCUCUUCGGGGCAGCCCGUACCAUUGACCGCCACGGGCUCGUCGUCAUUAUAUGGGUAUGCUUCACUGUCGCUACUCUAUUUGUUUCACUUCGACUUUUCGUCAGAUGGCACCAGAACAGACUUUUUCUAGCAGAUGACUGCUGGAUCUUCUUCGCAUGGCUAUGCACCUUGACCAUGGCAAUACUGCAGACUGAGCAGAUGGAGGCCCUGUGGUACAUGACACAUCUACAAGCCGGUCGCAUCGCAUACGAGCCUGAGGAAAUGCUGGCACAACGGCACCAGUUAGCGAAAUGGCAAUUUCCGAUUAUCAAGAUGUUUUGGAUCAUCCUUUGGUCUGUUAAAGCAAGUUUCUUGGCCAUCUUCUGGAGACUUGUGCAGCCUUUUGUCAUUAUUCGACGCACGUGGUACUUUGUCUGCUUUUUUACCGCUUCAGCAUUGCUUGUUUGCGUUAUCUGCAGUAUAUUUACAUGCAACACACCAUCAGACUACUUCCGUGGAUCCUGCGAUUCACCGAGAGAACAAUGGCGACAGAACUUCAACGUUAUCUUCUCCACCACGGUCGACGUUACCUCGGACCUCAUGAUCAUGGCCCUCCCGAUCGCCGUACUCCCCUCCCUACAACUCGACCGAAAGAAGAAGAUAGGACUUGGCAUUGUGUUCUCCCUAGGCGUCAUCAUCAUUAGCGUCGCCGUAGUCCGCAUGUCCCAAGUUAUUGUGAAGCGACAAGUCGAUCUCGUUGGACUAGCAAUCUGGGGUGCAGUCGAAACAGCCACUGCACUUGUCGUCGGUUCACUUCCAGCCCUCAAAGGCCUGCUCACUCGGAGCAUCAAGAAGUACACCAAUUCUAGAAGUGGACGAUCGGAUCCCACAGACUACAGCAGCCAGCCAUCUCACGCUAGACGAGGCGUCGGUUCGUCAAUGGCACCAAAAGACAUAACGGGCUCAGACUGCAUUCCCUUGGACGACGUUCACAGGAGUGAGCAUUACGAUGGAGGAAUAUGUGUGCACAAGACCUUUGAUCUGGCUACCGAAAUAGACGACAACUCGUCGCGGGGGGAAGAUGAGGAGCUUGCUAUCAUUCGGGGGCCUCCUGUGAAACGCUGA